AUGCCGUCAAACAACAAAAAGAAAAAGAAGACUCCAUCGAACCCAGCUCGAGGCUUCGCAACAGUCUCCGUUCCCUCGAAGCCCAAGCCCGAAAGCACAACCGAUACACCGACUACAACAGCAGCGGACUCAGAAGCCACAUCCCAAAACGACGCACAAAGCUCACGUCCCGGGAGCAGACCUACGGGUGAGACCGUUUCAGAAAUAUCCCAGGCCGGUCCCUCAUUGCAUAAUUACUCUCCAGAGGAGCUUGAGAAACACCUGGAGGAGGCCGAACUGCAAAUAUUUGUGGACAAAUACUCGACUAAAUGCAAGGCCGAUGCAGUUCGCCAAGCGACUAAAUUGGAAACAGAGAAACGAGUUUUGCGACAACAAGCAGUUUCGCUGAGUCUUCUCGAAUGGCUGCCGAGCGAUGUCCAGGAUCGUAUUCUCGAGUUGGCGACGGUCGAGGAACAUGAAUACCUUCUUUCGAGCGCCAAAAGCGCCAAUGCGAAGACCCUGGUUCCGGAUGAGGAGCUUCACAGCAGGCUCUGGACGUUGAAGGAGACGCUGCUUAAGCUUGGAUUCUCGCCUGAACGUACAGAAGAGGCACUGAAACAUGUCCUCUCUUAUUUCGCCGGUGCUCCUGCCCCGAGUGGUCGUGAUAUUGCGUGGAAUCUGGACGAAGCUAUGGAGUGGCUGGCCAUACACAGUCAAAAAGAGGACCUCCCAUCGUAUACACAGAUAACCGGGCGAUCAUCGAAGGAGGAUGGCAGCGUGACAUCAUGGAUGGCCGACCUGGGACUUUCGAGGCCAUCAUCGCCUAAGCCCCAGAAUGGGGCUUCUCUUAGCAAAAAACAAGGCGACUGGAAAACCGCAAAGACCGCAACGCCUGUCUCAUACGACUCCGACAGUUCGAUUGACCCGGACACCAUGGUUACCGAGUGGGUAGAUCUUCAGACAAGGCUGUACGGACUUCAGCCCGAUCUGUUCGAUCGCCCCGGUGGGAAAGGGAAGAAGGCUCGAGGAAUCGCCAAAGACAUAUCGAGUGAUCCCGCAGUAGCGAAGUUACAGCGCAAGGCUGCUCGAAUCGAACGAGAUGUCCUUUUUGAGGCACAAGAGGCGGAAUUCAUUUGGAGGUCAAAGCUUGACGAGCUCAGGAAGGACGCGACCUUUGUGCAACGUCCCACUGAGCCGAGAAAGAAGCCUCAAGGCCCCGUAUCGCCUGAGAAAGACAGCGGCGACGCUGCCAUUGAUAUCGAAGAAGACGAUGCUGGUCUUCUGGGAGACAUUUUUGAGGCUGAUGCCAAUGAUGGAUCGAUUUUGGGCUUACCCCAGCCCACCCACGAAAUGAAACUCACGAUUCGUGACUUUGGGAAAACUGUGGGCCUCAGCCCGCGAAGAGUUUUGGAGGAAUCCUGCAAAGCACGAGACUCGGCCUGCAAGAUAGUUUACCAGGACGUCUCGACAUCUAGUCACCAAUGUCGCAAAGCCGUGGAGGUCCGAUGGUCCAAACCACAAGAAACACCGUUCCCCCUAGUCAUCGAGUCAGUCACUCACAAAUCAAAUUCACUAGCGACAUUCCUCUCAAUGGAUGCUAUUGUGACACCAGACUCCCAGCAGGCUGAGGGCUAUGUGUCAACUCUGGCGCUAUUCAUCCUCUUUACUCAAAGCUCGAAGGAAGGCAAGGCCUAUCUUCGAAUCCCCGCAGUUUGGCGGGACCUAUGGACUGAGUUUUCGACUCUGAAAAAGAAACAAGAAGAUGACCUCGACAAGGCUAUUGUCAAGGAUUUGAAGCGUCUUAUUGAUGAGAACCAAGCCACCUUUGAGGAUGAUGUUGUUCUGCUCGAUAAUUUCCGCAAAAGGAAUGGUACGGCAAGCAAGCCUGGUAGUCCCAUGAAGGGGUCUACACGAGGUGAUUAUUUCGGUCAGGUCGAACAUCUUCAGGACAUUUGGUUGGCAAAAACGACUACUCCUGCGUUUCAGCGCAUGAUGCAGGGCAGGAUGAAUCUUCCAAUCUGGAAUUUCAAGGAAGAGAUUCUGAGCACUUUGGACACGCAUCAGGCUCUCAUAAUUUGCAGUGAGACCGGCAGUGGAAAGAGUACCCAAAUUCCAUCAUACAUUUUGGAACACUCAAUGCUUCAAGGUCGGCAUUGCAAAAUCUAUGUGACUGAGCCUCGUCGAAUUUCCGCCAUAUCUCUGGCGCGGCGCGUGAGUGAGGAACUCGGCGAGAACAAAAACGAUGUCGGAACCAACCGAUCUCUCAUUGGCUUCGCGGUGAGGCUUGAGAGUAAGGUCACGGCGGCCACUCGUCUUGUUUACGCAACUACCGGUGUGGUCGUGCGCAUGCUUGAGAGGCCGGACGAUUUCCAAGAUAUCACUCAUGUCGUAUUAGAUGAAGUUCAUGAAAGAACGAUUGAUAGCGAUUUUCUCCUGGUCGUCCUCCGCAGGCUGAUGCAAAAACGAACUGAUCUGAAGCUUAUUCUUAUGUCAGCGACGGUUGACGCCCAACGAUUCUCGACUUAUCUGGGAGGUGUUCCAGUCCUCAACAUCCCAGGUCGAACUUUCCCUGUCGAGAUGAAGUAUCUUGAAGAUGCGGUGGAAAUGACGAAUUAUCGUCUACUGGAGGACGAGUCAAACUCAGUGGUGCAAGAUGACGUAGAUGAGGUCUCGGACGCCACUGGUGAGAAUACCGGAGGGUUGCAGGCUAGUUUGGAUGGCUACUCGAAGCAAACGAAAGAGACAAUCUUGAAAUUUGACGAGUAUCGCAUGGACUACCAGCUCAUAAAGAGUCUGCUGCUGAAGAUUGCGACUGCGCCUGAAAUGGAAAUGUACAGCAGGGCGAUCUUGGUCUUCAUGCCUGGUCUGGCCGAAAUUCGUCGUCUGAACGACGAGAUCCUCUCAGAGCCGACCUUCCAAUCAGGUUGGAUCGUGCAUGCUUUGCACUCUUCCAUUGCCAGUGAAGAUCAAGAGAAGGCGUUCAACGUGCCCCCAGACGGGUUCAGGAAGAUCGUGAUCGCCACCAAUAUCGCGGAAACAGGCAUCACAAUUCCCGACAUUACUGCGGUCGUUGAUACAGGGAAGGAGAAAAUGAUGCGAUUCGAUGAGCGAAGACAGCUAUCCCGUCUUGUCGAGUCAUUCAUCUCACGAGCUAAUGCCAAACAGCGUCGAGGCCGUGCAGGUCGUGUGCAGAAUGGUAUAUGCUUCCAUUUGUUCACGAAGUUCCGCCAUGACAGCCUCUUGGCUGAGCAGCAGACACCAGAAAUGCUUCGCUUGUCUUUGCAAGACCUGGUACUGAGGGUCAAGAUCUGCAAACUGGGAGAAGUCGAGCAAACCCUUACUGAGGCGCUUGACCCGCCAUCAUCAAAGAAUAUCCGUCGUGCCAUUGAUUCUCUUAAGGAAGUGAAAGCGCUGACGAGCAACGAGAGUCUGACACCCUUGGGCUCACAGCUGGCGAAACUUCCACUUGAUGUCUUCCUCGGCAAGUUGAUUAUUCACGGAGCCUUUUUCAAGUGUCUCGAUGCUGCUGUUACCAUUGCAGCUAUCCUUUCCUCAAAAUCUCCGUUUGUAAACACAAUGGGCUCUAAUGCACAGCGAGACUCUGCCCGCAAUUCUUUCCAGAGAGGCGAUUCCGAUCUUUUGACGGUCUACAAUGCAUACUGCUGCUGGAAGCGAGCAAAGACCACGCCGGGCAUGAGUGAAUUCUCUUUUUGCCGAAAGAAUUGUCUCAGUCCACAGACACUGCUUAGUAUUGAGGAUGUCAAAAUGCAGCUUGUUGUCUCCGUCGCUGAUGCUGGUCUGAUCACUCUCGAUGCUGCACAGAAGGCAGCUUUGAAUAGGGCGCGCUCUUCCAAUCGCAAUCGACAGUUCUUCACAAUUCCCGAGCAACACGACCUGAACAGCGCUAACGAUGUGGUCAUCAAUUCGGUCGUGGCAUGGAGCUUCUAUCCAAAGUUGCUCGCCCGAGAAGGGAAGGGAUGGCGCAACGUCGCGAACAACCAGGCCGUCACCCUCCAUCCAACUUCAAUCAACAAGCGCGCCGAUUCUGCGAUCAAGUGGUUAUCUUACUACCACAUUAUGCAAGCUCGAAACCGAAAUCUGAAUGCCCAUGACACGAGCGCUGUCGACGAUUUUGCGAUUGCCCUGUUGUGUGGUGACGCUGACUUUAAGCUUUACUCCGGGGUCAUCUCAAUCGACGCGAACCGUAUCCGGUUUGCGACCCAUAAUUGGAAGUCGAUGCUAGCCCUGAAGACGCUGAACUCCCGUUUGCGUGACAUCCUAGCAUCUACGUUCCGCACCCCACACAAGCCCCUGUCCUACAAACAGCAGCAGUGGCUCGACAUCUGGCAAGAUGUAUUUGCGCUUGCAGGAAAGAGUCUGGGGAAAGCUCCCAAGUGGGACUGA